AUUGAGACUCAACUACUUUAAAACUGGUUGGCAACCAAAACUACUCUAUUUUCUUGUAUAGGCCAAGACAGCAAAACAGACCAAAAACUAUGCCCAAUUCCUCUUCUAUUUUUCUCUUCGCCUUUUACAUGUUCACGGCAACUCUCAUCAUCUCCAUUUGGACCGUCCAUGCAGGCAGCAAUCACGGGUUGACCUGGGUUCCGGGCAGAACCCGCUGCCAGGGUUCGAUUGCGGAGUGCAUGGCUGAUGAUGAAUUUGACAUGGACUCUGAGAUCAACAGGCGGAUACUGGCCACCUCACAAUACAUCAGCUAUGGAGCUCUGCAGAGGAACACUGUGCCAUGCUCUCGCAGAGGUGCGUCCUACUACAACUGCAAGCCAGGUGCAGAGAGUAACCCCUACAACCGUGGAUGCAGUGCUAUUGCUCGUUGCCGUAGCUGAUCAAAAGUGUAGCCUAUUUUACUAUGUUUAUGCCUUGGAUUGUUGUGUAUUGUAAUGUUCAUACUCUUGCUUUAUCUUCUGUUUUUAUCCCAACUUCAAUACAGUACCAGACUUCAGAUAAAAGAAAACACACAAGUUUCUCUCUGAAAUGUUGAAAAUUAGAAAGCGGAUCGUCUCAGAUUUUGCUUUACUUAAGCAGGCAAUGUUUCUUGGUCAACCUUGUUCUUUAACUUAAGAAUCUAUCCUCCUAAUGAACUUUUUGCUUUCUUCUUU